CAAGGAAGUGGGUUCACCAGGGGAUGCACACAUACUAGCCGUAGGCUUCCUCCCCCAAUUGACAGGAUUCCGUGGCUCCUCCUUGACGAGAUUAUCCCAUCGCGGUGUGUCACGUCUGGCCAGCCACCCUUCGGCAAAACAGCAGUACGUUUUCUCUUUUCCCACCGGAGCUUCAAGCGCAGGAUAGCCAAACAUCCCGAACACAGACAGCCAUGGCAGAAAACGCCGAUUUGGAUAACCACCGAAUUAAGAGCUUCAAAAAUAAGGGGCGCGAUGUCGAGACUAUGCGAAGACAUCGCAAUGAAGUGACAGUGGAGCUGAGAAAGAACAAACGAGAUGAGCACCUUCUGAAGAAGAGGAACGUUCCACAGGAGGAGAGCCUGGAAGACUCAGACAUAGACUCUGACUUUAAAGGGCAAAAUGUAACACUGGAAGCCAUCUUACAGAAUGCUGUCAGUGACAACGGACUCAUCCAGCUCAGUGCCGUGCAGGCAGCCAGAAAACUCCUGUCCAGUGACAGAAACCCCCCCAUCGACGACUUGAUUAAGUCUGGCAUCCUGCCCAUCCUGGUCAAAUGCCUGGAGAGGGACGACAAUCCCUCUCUCCAGUUUGAGGCUGCCUGGGCGUUGACCAACAUAGCAUCAGGGACGUCACAACAGACUCAAGCUGUGGUCAAAUCUAAUGCUGUGCCUCUAUUCCUGCGGCUGCUACAAUCUCCUCACCAGAACGUAUGUGAACAGGCCGUGUGGGCGCUAGGCAACAUCAUCGGCGAUGGACCGCAGUGCAGGGAUUACGUAAUCCUGGGCGUGGUCAAGCCCCUGCUGUCAUUUAUUAACCCCUCCAUCCCCAUCACCUUCCUCCGCAACGUCACCUGGGUCAUUGUCAACCUCUGCCGCAACAAGGACCCACCGCCCCUGGAGACAGUACAGGAGAUUCUACCUGCUCUCUGUGUAUUGAUAUACCACACUGAUAUAAAUAUCCUAGUGGAUACAGUGUGGGCCUUGUCCUAUCUCACAGAUGGAGGGAACGAACAGAUCCAGAUGGUCAUCGACUCGGGGGUUGUCCCCUUCCUCGUCCCCCUGCUCAGCCACCAAGAGGUCAAAGUUCAGACUGCAGCUCUGAGGGCAGUGGGGAACAUUGUGACGGGGACAGACGAGCAGACGCAGGUGGUGCUCAACUGUGACGUCCUCUCGCACUUCCCCAACCUGCUCACACACCCCAAGGAGAAGAUCAACAAGGAGGCCGUGUGGUUCCUGUCCAACAUCACAGCAGGCAACCAGCAGCAGGUGCAGGCCGUCAUUGACGCUGGCCUGCUGCCCAUGAUCAUCCACCAGCUGGCUAAGGUGAACUUUGGCACACAGAAGGAGGCAGCCUGGGCCAUCAGCAACUUGACAAUAAGUGGAAGAAAAGAUCAGGUGGAGUACCUGGUGCAGCAGAAUGUGGUUCCUCCGUUCUGCAGCCUGCUGUCUGUGAAGGACUCCCAGGUGGUUCAGGUGGUCCUAGACGGCCUCAAGAACGUCCUCAUUAUGGCCGGGGACGAGGCCAGCACCAUCGCUGAGAUCAUAGAGGAGUGUGGAGGUCUAGAGAAGAUCGAGAACCUUCAGCAGCAUGAAAACGAGGACAUCUACAAACUAGCCUUCGAGAUCAUCGACCAGUACUUCUCAGGAGACGAUAUUGACGAGGAUCCCAGCUUGAUCCCCGAAGCCACUCAGGGCGGAACCUUCAACUUUGACCCCGCCACCAACCUGCAAGCAAAGGAGUUCAAGUUUUAAAGGCAAACGUCCACCUAGUAGGUCUAACUCUCUAGCUGCUCUGAACCCUCAAGUCACCUCCUUCCCAACAUCAAUCACUGACUCACUAACAACAACAGUUCAAGCACUGAAGGAAGGAUCAUUGUUAUCCAUCUCUUUUCAAGCAUCUCACAGCGAUGCUUAUAAAUGUUCCAGAAAGAGAAAAUGCCUCGUCCGUCAUUCCUGCAGUUGCCAAAAAGUUGCUAUUAUCCCUUUACUCAGACACAUACACACCAUGAACA